AUGGAAGCAUCUCAUGAACAACAACUCUCUUUAGGCUAUAGAGAACACAUCAAUAUCACCGAAGGGAAUAUAACUCAAAAGGUUAUAAACCCAUCGCAAUCUCCUAACCCUUCCUCCACAAGUGCUUAUUCUUCUACUAGAGAAGGAGAAACAAGAGAAAGUGCACGUUACAAUGUGUAUGCAUGCAAAACAUGCAACAAAACAUUCACUUCAUCUCAAGCACUUGGAGGCCAUAGAAAAGGUUGUCAGAAAAAGCCUAGAGAUGGAUUCAAAAUCAACAAUAAAUCAAUUUCCCUUAAAUUGAAUAGUAUAAAUGGCAUGGGAAAUAUAUAUGCUAGCAGCAGCAGCAGCAACAAAUCCAAGGUUUAUGGGUGCUCCAUUUGUGGUUCUAAAUUCACAUCUGGCCAGGCACUUGGUGGCCAUAUGACCUUCCACCAUGCACCGGUGGAGGAAACCUCAUCGACACCAAUGGCUUCGGAACCAGACGAAGAAGAUGAAGAACCACCUGCAAAGAAAAUGAAUGUCCCUUUGGAUUUGGAUCUCAACCUUCCUGCAGCUUAA